AUGGCGCUGAGUCAACGAUAUCGAUCGGAGAAUUGCACCCAGGCACCGCCCACCCAACAAUUUUCGAAAGAGGAGACUUCCAGGUCCAGUGUUUCGUCUGCAGUCAUGGCUGAAGAACCUGGUACUGCCCCACAAGAGCAGAAGACGGUCACAUUCAAACUCUACCUGGACUGCGCCAUAAUUAACAUCCAGUUCAAAGACAAGCACGACUUAUUCGAGUCGCUGAAGAAGAAGUUGGAUGACUUGGGUAUACCGAUAACCAGCGUUUAUUCAACUGAUAUCAACAAGAAACCGCUCCAACUCAAAGAUGCCGAUGCAGUAGCGCUUGCUGCCGGCAGCAAUCGAAAGCCGUUGUUUGCUCACAUCCAAGACGACGAUGCGGAAUGCCCGGAUGGACAUGACCUUCCCCUAUGGCAACGACACGGUCAUGGACGUCAUUCUCACAGGCGUCACUCGUCUACGAGUCACGGCUCGAGAAGUCAUGAGCAUUCUCCCGAACCCUUCCUUCAUCGCCCUGGAGACCAUGAUCACCCUGACAGCCAUCACCCAGAACACCCUUGCCAACCUCCACAUCCUCCUCCUCCCCCUCCUUCAUAUUUUCGCUGUUUCUGCGGGGCCUUCGGUCCCCACGGGAUGGGAUUUGGUUGUAGGCCGAUUCCAUUUCAUGGCCAUGGAUUCGGUCACGGUUAUGGACAUGGAUUUAGGCAUGGCCAAGGGUGUAAGCAGGGUUACAGUCAUGGUGCCCCCUGUUCUGCCUGUGAACCCAAGCAUCAGUGCCCUGCUUUUGGUCGCAACUCUCGUCACCAUUGUCCUGGGUGCGGUGGUAAUGGUUUCCACGGUUGA